AUGAGGGUCGGCGAAACCCUUUGCAGUUGUGCCAAUCGAUAUUGGGAGCUUUACAAUGAAAUUGGCGGGGGCAAUGAGAAAAUUGCGGUAAGCACUUUUAGGAUGGGGCUACCCAAGGAUUCUAAACUACGGGAGUCGUUGAUGAAGAGGCCUUCUGAGGAUAUGAGGCAACUUAUGAGGCAUAUUGAAGAGUAUAAACGCCUCGAGGAUGAUCGGCUUCAGAGUAAGGGCAAGACCCCGUUAUUAAAUCAUCCUUGGCAGGGCAUUUUUCCGCCAAGACCACGGAAGGAUUUAAGAAUGCAGGAACCGGAGGUACGAAUGGAGGAGGUGAAUGUGGCAUUUAGGGAGCCGGUGCACAAGAUCAUAGACUGGAUAAAGAACGAAUCGUUCUUCAGAUGGCUGAAUAAGAUAGGGGGAGACCUAUCUCGGAGGAACCAGAACUUGUAUUGUACCUAUCACAGAGAAAAAGGGCAUACCAUCGAGUAG